AUGACUUCAACCGAUACCUUCGUGGCCAUCCCCGGCUCCGUCGCCUUUUCCCGUUCUCGGGGCCAUGCAAUUGCUGCUAGCAUUGGUGUGCAGGAUGUUCGUGCUCAGUGGAUCCACUACGUCCACACCACGCAACCUUUGGACGAGCCCCAGCGUGCGGUGCUUGAGCAAUUGCUUCGUUACGGCGACAUCACCGACGUCCCUGCUUCCUUCGAAUCGACCGACGGAGAAUUCGAUACCUUCUACAUCUACCCCCGAAACGGCACCGUCUCACCAUGGAGCUCGCAGGCAACCGGCAUCUCCCACGUUUGUGGUUUGCAGAAGUACGUCAAGCGCAUUGAGCGGGGUAUGAAGGUUUCAUGUCUUCGCAGCAGUGCUGAGGACUACAAGCCGAAGUACUUGGACACUCUGCAUGACCGCAUGACCCAGAUCAUCGGCCAGGAUGAACCUGAGCUGAGUCUCAUGUUCUCUGAGCACGCUCCCCAGCCGCUCAAGACCAUCUCUCUGAAGGACAGCACCAAGUCGCCCAAGGAGAUUCUCCAGGAAGCAAACAAGGAACUCGGUCUGGCUUUGGAAGAGUCAGAGAUUGAUUACCUUGCUGAGGCAUAUGGUCCCAACGGUGCCAUUGCCCGUGACCCCACCGAUGUCGAGCUCUUCAUGUUCGCGCAGGUCAACUCCGAGCACUGCCGACACAAGCAGUUCAAUGCCUCUUGGGUCAUCGAUGGCAAGCCCAUGCCAAACAGUCUCUUUGCUAUGAUUCGCAACACACACAAGAAGCACCCCGAGCACACCGUCAGUGCCUACAGCGAUAACGCCGCCGUGCUGGAGGGCGCCGAGUCCGCCUUCUGGGCUCCCGACCCCACCACUGGACAAUGGUUGCACACCAAGGAAGUCGUCCACUUCUUGGCCAAGGUCGAGACUCACAACCACCCUACUGCGGUUUCACCUUACCCAGGUGCCGCCACCGGUUCCGGUGGUGAGAUCCGUGACGAGGGUGCCGUCGGUCGGGGCUCCCGUCCCAAGGCUGGUCUCUCCGGAUAUUGUGUGUCGGAUCUUUUGAUUCCUGACAACAAGCAGCCAUGGGAGCUCGAUGUUGGCAAGCCCAACCACAUUGCCAGCGCUUUGGACAUCAUGCUUGAGGCGCCUAUUGGUAGUGCUGCUUUCAACAACGAGUUCGGUCGUCCUUGCAUUGGUGGAUACUUCCGUACUCUGCUCACUGAGAUUGACGUGGGCAAUGGCGAGAAGGAGGUUCGCGGAUACCACAAGCCCAUCAUGAUCGCUGGUGGUGUUGGAACCGUUCGUCCCCAACACGCCAUCAAGCACCCGGAAGUUGUGAAGCCCGGUGCUUUCCUCGUUGUUCUUGGUGGCCCUGCCAUGCUCAUUGGUCUGGGUGGAGGCGCUGCCUCCAGUAUCGCUUCUGGCGAAGGAUCUGCUGAGCUCGACUUUGCCAGUGUUCAGCGCGGCAACGCCGAGGUUCAGCGCCGAGCCCAGGAAGUUAUCAACGCCUGUGUGGCUAUGGGAGACAACAACCCCAUCAAGUUCAUCCACGACGUUGGUGCCGGUGGUCUUUCCAACGCUCUUCCCGAGCUUAUUCAUGAUUCCGGUCUGGGAGCUACUUUCGAGCUCCGUGAAAUCGACAACACUGACCGCAGCAUGAGCCCCAUGCAAAUCUGGUGCUGUGAGGCCCAGGAGCGUUACGUCAUGGCUGUUGGCGAGGACAGCAUGAACAAGUUCACUGCCAUUGCCAACCGUGAGCGCUGUGGCUUCUCCGUCGUUGGCCGUGGAGGUGGUACUUCCGAGGAGGAGAAGAGACUCAUCCUUCUUGACCGGGAGUCCAAGGAGUACCCAGCUCCUAUCGACCUGCCCUUGUCUGUUCUCUUCGGAAAGACCCCUCGCAUGACACGCACUGUCGACUCGCGCAAGCUGAAGCUUCCUGCUGUCGACUCCAGCCUUGCCAAAUACCUGCCUAACCUGUCAGUCAAGAUGGACAUUGUCGAUGAGGCUGUCAAGAGAGUUUUGUCGCUGCCCGCAGUUGGCUCCAAGUCUUUCUUGAUUACCAUCGGAGACCGUACCGUUGGUGGUCUCACUGCUCGUGACCAGAUGGUUGGCAAGUGGCAAACUCCAGUGUCCGAUGUCUCGGUCACUGCCACUUCCUUGGCUCAAGGUACCAAGACCGGUGAGGCUUUCGCUAUGGGUGAGAAGCCUACCUUGGCUCUCAUUUCCGCGGGCGCAUCUGCUCGCAUGGCUGUUGCCGAAUCUCUUAUGAACCUUGCUGCCUCCGACCUUGUUGAGCGUCUGAGCCAAGUCAAGCUGUCUGCCAACUGGAUGUGUGCCGGUAACCACCCCGGUGAGGGCGCCGCUAUCUAUGAAGCCGUCGAGGCCAUCGGUCUGGAUCUGUGCCCCAAGCUUGGCAUCAGUAUUCCCGUUGGCAAGGACUCCAUGUCCAUGAAGAUGAAGUGGAAGGACGAGGCCUCCAACGAGGCUAAGGAAGUCACUGCCCCCAUGUCUUGUGUCAUCUCCGCUUUCGCUCCCGUCGGCGAUAUCACCAAGACCUGGACCCCCGCUCUUCGUCGUGUUGACGAUGUCGGCGAGACUGUUCUCAUGUUUGUCGACCUUUCAUUCGGUCGCAAGACUCUUGGUGGAUCUGCCCUUGCUCAGGUCUUCAACGAAGUUGGCUCUGAGUGCCCUGACGUUCACGACGUUGAUCUCUUCCGUGACUUCUUCGAUGCUACCCAGCAGCUUCAGGAGGCUGGAAUCGUCUUGGCCUACCACGACCGUUCCGAUGGUGGUCUCCUGACCACCUUGGCCGAAAUGAUGUUCGCUGGCCGCUGUGGUGUUGACAUCUCCCUUGACACCAUCUGCUCUUCCUUCAACGUCAAGGAUGUUAUCGAGUCCCUCUUCACCGAAGAGCUCGGUGCCGUGUUCCAGGUUCGCAAGGAGCACGAGAUCCAGUUCCGCUCAUGCUUCGCUACCUGCGGUCCUCCUCCUGGUCUGAUCCACAAGAUUGGACGUGUCUCUGAGAAGCCUCAGCAGAACCUUGCCAUCUACCACAAGGCCUCUCUGAUUUACCGCAACACCCGUUCCAGCCUCCAGCAGACCUGGGCCAAGACCUCCCACGCCAUGCAGAAGAUCCGUGACAACGCGGACUGUGCUGACCAGGAGUACGCCAACAUCCUUGAUGACGCCAACCCCGGUCUCUCUUGGAACCCAACCUUCGACCCCAAGGACAAGGGCCUGCCUAUGAUGACCAGCCUUUCCCAAUACUCUCCCUUCGCCAACAAGCCUCGCGUUGCCAUUCUCCGUGAGCAGGGUGUCAACAGUCAAGCCGAGAUGGCCUUCGCCUUCAACACCGCCGGAUUCUCCGCCGUCGACGUUCACAUGACCGACAUCAUCUCCGGCCGUGUGUCUCUUGCCAGCUUCGCCGGUCUCGCCGCCUGUGGUGGUUUCUCCUACGGUGACGUCCUCGGCGCCGGUCAAGGUUGGGCCAAGUCCGUGCUGCUGCACGAUAACACUCGCAAGGAGUUCCAAGACUUCUUCGAGCGCCCCGACACCUUCGCCCUCGGUGUCUGCAACGGUUGUCAGUUCUUGUCUCGCGUCAAGGAUCUCAUUCCCGGCGCAGGCUACUGGCCCAGCUUCGAGCGCAACACCAGUGAACAAUACGAAGGUCGUGUCUGUAUGGCCCGCAUCUCCGACCCGGAUCCUUCCAACCCCAGUGUCUUCUUCCAUGGUAUGGACGGCACCUCUCUGCCCAUCGCCGUUGCCCACGGUGAGGGUCGUGCCUCUUUCGCCAACUCUCAGGGUGUCUCGGCUUCGGACUUUGUUCGCGAGGGUCUUGCUCCCGUUCGUUUCGUCGACAAUGCUUCUCUGAAGCCCACCAUGAAGUACCCCUACAACCCCAACGGCAGUCCCGAGGGUAUUGCCGGUGUGCGCAGCCCCGACGGCCGUGUCCUGGCCAUCAUGCCUCACCCCGAGCGCACCGUCAUGAACGGUAUUGCCAGCUGGCUGCCACCCAAUGCCGAGACCUGGGGAGAUAUUGGUCCUUGGGGACGUGUCUUCUACAGCGCCAGACGCUGGGUCGGUUAA